AUAUGCCAAUAUUUUAAUAGUUUUAUAACGAUUUAGUCGAAUUAAUAAACAUAAAAAUCGAAUCGAACUGAUCGAUACACAAAUCUAACUGUAGUCUCCCAAAAAAUAAAUGUGAUUUAGACCGAACAAAAAAAUUAGGAUUAAAAAUUAAAUCAAAUCGAUAAAUUUCAAAAUUAAACUGAAUCGAUGUAAUCCCAAAAAAAUAAAUGCGAUUUCGACCGACUAAAAAGUUAGGAUUAAAAAUUAAAUCCAUAAGAAGAGUAGUUCCAUCUUGUAAGCAACUUGGUCAGUGUACGUCUUUUUCGGGAAUGCGCGCGGUUCAAAAGUAGUUAGCCAAAUCUCUCUUAUUCAAUUUCUAAAUUUAAAUAAAUUAAACUUAGCUUAUUUUUUCACAUUACUUCUUCAACCGCUUCUCCUUCCUCAUUUUCCGAAACGCUCGUUUCUUCGUCCUCACUACCGCCAGUGCCACCGUCACCGACAAUACGUCACCACCGCAUUUUCGCCGGAGAUGUUAGCUGAUUUGUUACCGUGUUAUAUAAAAACGGCGACGGCGACAGCGACAGCGGCGAUUAGUAGUACUAGUAGUAGUAUUGCUGCGAGUAGUAGUGCUACGGUGGCGGCUGCGGGAAAUUCCGUUUUGAUUGUUCGUCGGAUCGCUACUGUAGUGCUUUUUGUUUCGUUCUCUUGUUUCGUACUUUACAGAGCUAGUGAAAGCAUUGGUUUUAGGAUCCCUGGUUCAUUCACCUCACGCGCCUCCUUCUUUCUUCCGGACGAUAAUGUGUCCGCCGCUGCUUACUCGGAUAGUGAGGAGUACAUGCUUGAGAAAGUGUUGAAGAACGCUGCUAUGGAGGAUAAAACAGUGAUCUUAACAACUUUGAAUGAAGCAUGGGCUGCUCCUAAUUCAGUUGUUGAUCUGUUUCUUGAAAGUUUUAGGAUUGGAGACCACACCCGUCGGCUUUUGAAUCAUUUAGUGAUUAUUGCUCUUGAUGAGAAGGCAUUCUCAAGAUGUGUGGCUUUACAUAGUCAUUGCUAUGCACUAGUGACUCAAGGGGUUGAUUUUUCAAAGGAAGCUUAUUUCAUGUUCCCAGACUACUUGAAGAUGAUGUGGAGAAGGAUCGACUUUUUGAGGGUGGUGCUUGAAAUGGGCUACAACUUCAUCUUCACGGAUGCCGAUGUUAUGUGGCUCAGAGAUCCAUUUCCUCACUUUUACAAGGAUGCAGACUUUCAAAUAGCAUGUGAUCAUUUCUCAGGCAAACCAGAUGAUGUUGGGAAUAGACCUAAUGGUGGUUUCAAUCAUGUGAGAUCGAAUAACAGAUCAAUUGAAUUUUACAAGUACUGGUAUUCGUCACGAGAGAAGUAUCCAGGUUUGCACGACCAAGAUGUUCUUAACAAUAUCAAGAACGAUUCUUUCAUUAGGGAUAUUGAUCUCAAAAUGAGAUUCUUGGACACGGCAUACUUUGGUGGCUUUUGUGAACCUAGCAAGAAUUUGAAUGAAGUAUGUACAAUGCAUGCUAAUUGCUGUUUUGGGCUGGAAAGCAAACUUCACGAUCUUAGAAUCCUUCUUCAAGACUGGAAAAACUUCUUGUCGUUGCCACCAGUACAAAAGAUAUCAUCGGCAUUAUCAUGGCAAGUUCCUCAAAACUGCAGUCUUGAUUCUCUCCGCCGCUAUGCUCCGCCACCAGAGAACAGAAUAGUUGAACAGACGUAGAAGAUAGGUUGAAAUUUUGUAACUUUAGUUGCUUUUGCUGUUUUAGAAAUUAGAAGUAAUUUAAAGGUAAAGAAUAUUUCCACUUCCAUA